GACAAAUGUUCGCGUGAAUCGUCAGUGCGAUCGUCGUCAACAUCUCGCGCAAUGUUUCGCUCCGCGAAGUAAAACACGAAGUCAAUUUAUCGCAAUUUCAAACAGAUAAAAAGGUGUAUUUGUUCAGAUAAUUUCAGAAACAAUUAAAAACUUAAGUGCCUGCUGCCUACUUAAGAGCUAAAAGCAAUUGUGAAUCAACGAUAAACACUCGACAAACUUCAAGUUGCGCGUCAAAUCAGAUGUAGCAAUUAUUUUCAUCUUCACUUGAUAUCUUUCAACAUAAAUAUUUGUUUAGAAAGUCAUUAAGACAUUAAUCAAGUGAAUUAUCAGCAAUUGAUCGAGCAACUAUUGCUUUUUUCGAGCAACUAUUGCUUUUUUCGUGCCAUUUUAUAAUCGCCACAUCAUUUUGGCGAUUUUCUAUUGAAAAAUGGGGAAAGUGUGGAUCUUGUUCAUCCUGAUGGUCAUAACUGUCUAUUCGUCGGUGGAUGGUAAAAUACUCACGCAGUGCGAGCUUGUAAAAGAGUUGGAGCGAAGUAAAAUCAGUAGGAGCUUAUUUAGCAAUUGGGUCUGUCUGGUACAAAGCGAAAGUAGGAUGGAUACACGACUGGUGACUGGACCAAAGACAGCGUCCAGCUACUCCUACGGUAUCUUACAGAUUAACAGCGCCAAGUGGUGCACCAGAGGACGUAAAGGUGGCAUUUGCAACAAACGCUGCGAGGAUUUCCUGCAUGAUAAUAUACAGGAAGACAUUGAGUGCGCUAAAAUAAUUGUCAACCGAGACGGAUUCAAAGCGUGGGACGGAUGGACAAAGAAAUGCAAGAACAAAGCACUGCCUAUCAUUGGUAAUUGCAGAAGAAGAAGGAUGGUGAUCAAGCCCGAGUCUGAUCCUGUGAUUGUGUAAUUUCUAUUUGAUGAUUCGCGACGAAGCUCGAUUUUGUUUUAGAUCAGAAGUUUGACUCUUUCCGUGAAAAAUUUUGCAUCCUGGUAAUUUUUACAUCAAAAUUCAGCUAAAACUGUGUAAUCAAUUUUACUCGAUUUUACUUUCAAUGUUUUAAAUUGAUUUUUAUAAUUAUACUAGUAACAAAUAUCGUAUCUGGUAAACGAAAAAUAUAAAUAUAAAUCUCGAUUGGAUUUAAGCCAGUUAUGACGCAACAUUACAUUAUGAUUACCUUAAGUUUUCGUUGCACGAUUUGGCACGCGACUUUACGCAGUCAUUAGAGAUUAUUAGUCAUUAGAAAUUAUAGAGUCAUUUAGAAAUUGCGACAACUGUCACAAAACCGUACGUGAUGAGAUUUUGCCAAUAUUUUCCCGGUUUUAUGUUUUUUCCUUAUGCUAUGUAUACAACAUUUCAGAAGGAUGCUUUUUUCUUAAUUCGCGUCAUGUUUACAAAAUUCAAAAAUAAAGUAGAUUAAUUUUUUGUAUAAAUUAGAGCUAGUCUGUUUGCCAGAGCUGCGAAAUAUAAUUUUAAAAAUUCUAUAGAACAGAAUAAUGUAAGAAUACUAUAAUUUAAGCCAGUGUAAUCAUUUUGUGCCAUAAAAAUUAUUUCUAGGUAAAUAACAUAAGCUUUAUAUACAUCAUAAAUAUCUAAAAAAUCUUGCAAAAACAUUUAGAAGUCUUCUAAUCUUUGAAGGCUUAAGUACGUUAUUAAAUAUGUUAAAUAUCUUUUAUAUAUUUUUAAUUUGUAUAU